GUGUAUGUGUGGUGCAAAUCCGCUCGGGUUUGAGCACAAGUUGGGUGGCUGUCGUAGGUUUUCUUUGCGAAGUAUAAUUUAGUUUGUGCACUGUGUGGAUCGGUCUCCGUCUCGUCGGCAUGGCCAACGAAACGAUUGAAAAAAUCCUAGCUACGCUUCCAGACAAUGUUGACCUCGGAGAAUGCACAGGCUUGUUACAGGUCCAGGCAGCAGAAAUAAAAGCCCAGAAAGUCAACUGGCAAUCAUAUCUCCAGUCUCAGAUGAUCAGUCAGGAGGACUACAACUUCAUUCUGGCUUACGACAACGCCGUGGGCAACCCGGAGAAGCGGAACGCCAUACUCCGCGAGCACGGCUACCAGUGCGCCAAGACCUUCCUCAAUCUGCUCGGCCACAUCUGCAAGGAUCAGACGAUCCAGUACCUGCUGAUCCUCAUCGAAGACAUGCUGACGGACAAGGACAACUGCCGCGUGUUCCGAGAGUACGCCAAGAAGAAGCGCGAGAGCGUGUGGGCGCCGUUCCUGAACCUGCUGAACCGGCCGGACGACAUCAGCGUGAACCUGACGGCCUGGAUCGUGGCGCGGCUGGCCUGCGACGGGCGCCAGCUCAUGGAGGCGUCCGACCUGCAGUUCUACUUCACCUGGCUCAAGGACCAGCUGAAGCGCCCGAACAACCAGUACAUCCCGACCAUCGCGCGCUGCCUGCAGCUGCUGCUGCGGGUGGACGAGUACCGCUACGCCUUCCUGCGUGUGGAUGGCGUGGCCACGCUGCUGGCUGUGCUGUCGUCGGGCGUCAACUUCCAGUGCCAGUACCAGCUGGUCUUCUGUCUCUGGGUGCUCACCUUCAAUAACGACAUUGCAGAGAAAAUGAGCAAGUUCAGCGUGAUCCCGAUGCUGGCUGAUAUCCUGAUCGACACUGAGAAGGAGAAGGUCGUGCGCAUGUGCAUCGCGUGCUUCAGGAACCUGAUCGAGAAGCCGCAGGACGCGAGCGUCGUGCGCGAGAACUCGAUCCAGAUGGUGCAGUGCAAGGUGCUGCGUCACCUGGAGCUGAUCGGGCAGCGCUACAGCACCGACGAGGACCUGCGCGCCGACGCCGACUUCCUCACCGGGCACCUGACGGCCAGCGUGCAGGACCUGAGCUCGUUCGACGAAUACAGCACCGAGGUGAAGUCGGGCCGGCUCGAGUGGUCGCUGGUGCACAAAUCGGACAAGUUCUGGCGCGAGAACGCCAACCGCCUCAACGACAACAACUACCAGCUGCUCAAGAUACUGAUCCACCUGAUUCAGACGUCCAAGGACCCGCUGGUGGUCAGUGUGGCCUGCCACGACAUCGGCGAGUACGUCCGACACUACCCCAGGGGAAAACACGUCAUCGAGACGCUGGGUGGUAAGCAUCGGGUGAUGGAAAAGAUGCUGUCGGAGGACCCCAACGUCCGCCUCUGCGCGCUGCUCACCGUGCAGAAGAUCAUGGUGCACAACUGGGACUACUUAUCCAAGCAGAUGGCAAAGGAAAAGGAAGUGGAUGUCAGUGACAUCAUGAAGAACCCUCUCGGCGCCCGCUAGUAUUGCCAUCUAUAGAGUGUUGUGACCACUUGUAACUAAGCAGUGUGUAGACGGAUGUUGCCGGGCUGCCUCGUUGGCCUUCACAGGCUCCACCUGAUGUUCCGAUUCUAGUCGGUCGCUGAUUGUUUGAGUUCUGCUUGCAUGGGCGCCUAUGUUAUCGUCUUCAGAGGCCACGGGACGUGCUAUCUUACGUUACGUAAUUCGAGUGAGAUGAGGGUGUCAAUAGCUUGACUCGAAAAUGCGCGCAGAGCCCACGUACUUUGUCGCGUCAUUCUGCUUUGUUAGCCUUAUGUAAGCAUUUUUAUCCGAGCAGGUUUCGCUACCGAAGUUGCAAAUAUCGUGCACCAAUAUUUUGGACCGGGGUGUUUGUCCGUGUAUCAUUAUCUGUCGUCGGGGUGUUUGUACAACGGCCGUCUCGGCGGCGGCGAGCUGCCGUCACCGGGUAGUCUCCGGUUUUUGCCUGCUCACCGGCCUCACCUCCAGCGAUGUAGGACACGACCGGUGUUUUGGCCUGCAGCUGAAUAGGCUGAUACAGGGGAACACAGAGGCUACGUAACCAUAAUUGUUAGCUGGCCGCCGGAGCGUAAUUGCUUGGGUUGAUGCGGUGGCCAGGCCGGCCGCAGUAUCCUGGGUUGUCCCGUCUGUCUGUCGUGCUGGUAAUGUUGCGUGUACCGAUGCCACCGGUCCGCCAUCACAUUCCGUGCUUAACGUGAUUGCAUUCCACUCUCGAGUUUCCGUUGCAUCACGCCUGAUGUGGGGCGCCCGUGCGGCUUCAGAGGCUGAGUCCAGACAGCUGAAUGUGUUGUUGCCGUAGUGUACCCGUGGUGACCGAUCAAUACAUCACGGUAGCUGU